ACCAAAGAAGUUACCUAAACACUUUUACUGUCUAUGUAAACACCCGGUAGAUGUUGUAACUGUCUGUCCAUCAGUUUCUGUCUGAGCUAGACCAAAAAAACGAAAACUAGGAUUUCACGGCUGAAGUCAUGGUAACUACCAACUAGCCUACCGAUGUUCCACUUUUUGAGUAUUUUUCCGCGAAUGUUAUCGUUAGCAAAGUAUCUGCGUUAGCCACCAAGGUCACUGGUUUAAGUGAACACGUGCGAUUUUUACACAGUGAUUAAGUAAUUCGAUUGGUUGCAAAAUGGCUGGGUUGAUUAAUUUUAAUGACGAAGAAGAAGUGAAGCAAUACCUGGAUAAUUUGGGAAUUGAAUUCAGCUAUCAAUGUUACCGUGAGAAGGACCCUGAAGGUUGUCAGCGACUUGCGGAUUAUAUGGAAGGAGUCAAGAAAAACUUCGACUCAACUGCACAGAUUCUCAAGCAUAACUGCGAGACAAAUGGACACGGGGAGAGCUGCUACAAACUUGGGGCUUAUUACGUUGCUGGCAAAGGUGGAUUGCCUCUGUGCCUCAAGACAGCCUACUCAUGUUUCCUGCGCUCAUGCAAAGCUGGUGGGAAGAAGUCAGUAGACGCCUGCCAUAACGUGGGAUUGCUGGCUCAUGAUGGGCGGUCCAUGGAAGAAGGCCCAGAUGCAGGGGUAGCCCGGGAGUACUAUGAGAAGGCCUGCACUGGGGGCUUUGCACCCAGCUGCUUCAACCUGAGUACACUCUACAUUCAGGGUGCCCCAGGGUUCGAGAAGAACAUGCCUCUGGCACUGCAGUACUCCAUGCGUGCGUGUGAACUAGGACAUGUUUGGGGAUGCUCAAAUGCCAGCCGCAUGUACAAACUCGGGGACGGGGCACCCAAAGAUGACCAAAAAGCAGAAGACCUGAAAAAUAGGGCCAGGGAUCUACAUGGACAGCAGAAAGAGCGGCAGUUGAAAUUUGGAGAAUGAAUGAAGUCUAAAACUUUACCUCAGGAGGCCGAGCAGCUGUUUCAUUGAAAACAGUGUGUAUUCUUUGUUGAAUCUGUGGGGCAGUGAAAUAGCUGGGGUUGGCUGUGUGUGUGGAACUGUAUAAACUGUUGUUUUGGGAGAAAAAGUGGUGCCAUAAACUUUAUCUUGAUUGCCAUUCCAACCAGUGCUAUGCAAUGCAGGAAAACUGAGUGUUUUAUGUUCAAGUAAAGUUUUAUUUCAAUCACUCUCCAUGAAAUACCAUAAAAUAAAUAUGGAAAUAAA